UUGGUAAACAAACCGAAACAAAACAUUUCGCUUUCUGUAAAUUCUGGUAAAUUCUAAUCGAGUUUUUCACUUAUACCCUAGAAAUUCUAAUCAUUAUUCCUUUCAUUCGUAUGCGCGUUUAUUUUAUUUUAGAAUAAUGCCUACCGAUCUUCUUCAUUUCAUGGAAAAUAACUGGCCACCAGUUCUACCAGAUGUCAAGAAAACAUUGGAAAAUUUCAUCAUUAACAAUGAUGAACUGCCGUAUGAAAGCACAAAAACUCUACCUCGGGAAAGGAAUGAAUCAAAUGUUAUUCAUGCAAGGGAGUACCUGCCGUGUCGCACUACUCUGUUUGUUGAGGACAUACAGGAGGAAGAAGAUGUUGAAAGUGGACAUGGGUACCAUGAAAUCAUUUUGACUGAUGAAACAUGGGAGCAGGCAUUUUUUGAUCCAGUAGAUCCUGACACCGACUCUGACAGUAUUGUGAAGCCGUCGCUCAAGAAGCAGGCUCUACUUUCAAAUGUUUUUAAAGCCACUUCUAACUCUGUCGGUAGUUCACUUAUCAAUUGUGAGCUAAAGACUGUUCCCCCAGGCCUAGAUCAUGGCAUGGACUUUGGAUCAGCUUUUAAGGAUUACAUGACACAGAAAUCGGCGAAAUCCGAAGUGUCCAUUAAUCUGAGUUUUCAGCAAAUGUCUUUGGAUGCAGAAAGUGAAAUCCUUGAAUCUACAACAGAGUCAGAUAAAAAAGAUGAUGAAGGCGAGGACAACUAUGGCAGUAGUCUUGAGAAGGAAAUCAUUCAAAAUCUACCAUCAAAGAUAAAUCACAAUAUGUGCGUGCUAGAUAUCUCCAAAGUAACAUAUUCGCAAGCAAGCAUCAAGAAAACUGAAUGGGCUGAAAUUCUGGACUCUGGGCGAGAUGUUGAUUUGGAAUUUAAGAAACUGAACUUAGCUACAUCAUUUAAUUUUGAAUUGGAUGGAUUUCAGAAACAAGGUAUUGUUAAAUUAGAGGAGCAUGCCAAUGUGCUGAUUGCUGCUCAUACAUCUGCGGGUAAAACUGUUAUUGCUGAGUAUGCCAUCGCAAUGGCGCUGAAGCAUAAAACCAAGGUUAUCUACACCUCGCCGAUCAAAGCAUUGUCAAAUCAAAAAUUCCGCGACUUCAAAGAUAAAUUUGAUGAUGUUGGUCUUAUAACAGGUGAUUUUCAAAUGAAUCAACUGUCCUCUGUUCUUAUCAUGACAACAGAAAUACUGAGGUCCAUGCUCUUCAAUAGCUCCAAAGUCAUCCAGGAAUUGGAGUUUGUAAUAUUUGAUGAAGUUCACUAUCUGAAUGACACUGAGCGAGGUCGUGUUUGGGAGGAAGUCUUAAUUUUGUUACCUUCAAGUGUCCAAAUCAUCAUGUUAAGUGCGACUAUCUCUAACACCUUCGACAUUGCCAACUGGGUUGGACGUACCAAGCAGAAAAAAGUUUUUGUCAUUUCAACGCCAAAACGUCCUGUUCCUCUCUGUCAUUUUGUAUACCUGGGUGUAAAUGAGCAAACAGAAAAUGAAAUCUACCUCAUUCGAGAAGGGGAUGGAGUUUUUCAAAAAGAUGGAUACCGUAAAGCCCUCGAGGUAUGGAAGAGGAUUGGCGGGCCGUACUGUUUAACCAACCCAAAGAAGAAACCAAACCAAAGUUAUGAAAAGCGAGAAAAAGGGGUGAGUCCCCGAGACAAAAAUGAAAAAAGGAUGUGGAAAACAUUGCUAGGCUUCCUAAAAAAAGAAAAGAAACUGCCUGUUGUUAUUUUCACCUUGUCCAGAGUCAGAUGUGAUAAAAACGCCAACAGCCUGUUGAGCGAAGAACUGACUACUGGUGAAGAGAAGAAACAUAUUCAAGGCUUCUUUCACUUCAGCAUCUCACAACUUAAGGAGGAAGACAGGAAACUGCCUCAGGUUUUGAAGUUGCAGGAACUUCUCAUGAGUGGAAUAGGUGUGCACCACAGUGGUAUCAUCCCAAUUUUAAAGGAAGUUGUUGAGAUUUUAUUCCAAAAGGGGUUUGUAAAAUGUCUUUUUGCCACGGAAACUUUUGCAAUUGGAAUCAAUAUGCCAGCAAAGUCUGUAGUAUUUGAUUCUCUAAUCAAGUUCGAUGGCAAAGAGAAACGGUUGCUAACCUCUGCUGAAUACAUACAGAUGGCAGGCCGUGCUGGUAGGCGAGGUAUUGAUGAAAAAGGCACUGUCAUCAUUAUGGCGAAAGAUGACAUGCAGCCCGCUAUCAAAGUUGAAAGGAUGAUUACAGGUCAAGCAUUGCAGAUAAAAUCACAGUAUGUUCUCACGUACUCAACCAUCCUAAACAGUUUGCGAGUAACAAACUUAUUUUCAGUGGAAAACAUGAUGCAGCAUAGUUUUAUGGAGUUUGGAUCGCAGUCCGUCAAUGACAAACACCGUAAAGAAUUGCAGAAGCUUGAAAAUAUUCAAGUGAGCAUCCCAGACAGGGUUAAGAACUUGCUCUUUGAGUUCUACGACACUGCACUUGAGUUCCUCGAGAUCUGGAACAAGAUAAAGACAGACUCUAUCAUGGAUAAAGAGAUUAACAAGAUACUUGUAGAAGGUCGUAUUCUCUUGAUCACUUACCGUGAACAUAUCAACAAAUUAGCAGUAAUUCUCUCUGUUGAUCACAGAAGAAUGGAAUACAAGGUUCUAGUUUUGAGUGAUUCCACGAAAGAUGCAGACAGUAACUCCGUAGAAAGACCUGAUCUUUGGUACAACAUGAUGUCACUGCUACGUAGGAGGGAAAUUUACAAGCCCCAAAUUACGGACAAAGACAUUGUGAUAACAAUCAAUCUGACCAACAUUCUAGGAAGUACAAGCCGAGUUCUUAAAGCUAAUUUUGAACUCGUGUCUCAGGAUUGGGGUACCCGACAAAUUCCUAGAUUUCGGGACAAACAACCAGGAGAAAACUGCAUGCUGGCUAUCAGAACACUUAGUGAAAUGUCGCGGACAGUUAAUGCGAAAGAAAUUCUGUGGACAAGUGAAACAUGUCCUUUCCGGACACUCUCUUUUGUAUCGUGUAAGGAAAUGUUGAGUAAGCUUGAGACUAAACUAAGCACGUUCUCGGAGGUUUCCAAGUAUUUAAACUAUUUUGAAGAUGUUUUUGAAAACAAAAAAAUUCAUAUGCGUAGAAAAGAACUCAAGUGCCUUCUCUCACCAGAAAACAUGGACCUUCAUCAAGAUUACAAAGAGAAAAUUGCUGUACUGGAGAGCUUGGAGUUCAUUGACAAGCAAAGAAAGGUGCUAUUCAAAGGUCAUAUUGCAUGUCAAAUGGGAACGCAAGAGUUGAUUAUUGUCCAGCUCCUGAUGAACAAUGUCUUUAUGGAAUUAUCAUCUGCUGAGGUAGCUGCAUUGUUGUCUGCUCUUGUUUACAAGGGCAAAGAAGAACCCCGUCCUGACCUUUGCACAAUAUCAACUCCUAUGCAAAAAGCCAUCGAAAUGUUCGAUAACAUCUAUGCCUCCAUUGCAGAACUUGAGCGUCGGUACAUGACCCGUGGUGAGUCAUGGGAGUAUGCAAACUCGGAACCCAAUUUUUACCUGCUGCCAGUAAUCUAUGAGUGGGCCAAGGAGAGCUCCUUUGUUGAAAUCAUGAAGCUAACCAAAAUUCAAGAGGGUAUUAUCAUUCGAACAAUCCAGCAGCUGCAUGAGAUGAUAUCUGAUGUCAGGGAUGCAACAAAGCUGAUUGGACUGAUGGAUCUAGGAGAGAAAAUGGAUGAUGCUGCUCGACGUAUCCGCAGGAAUAUUGUGUUUUCAGCUAGUCUAUAUACAAAUCCUCUUUCCAGCUAGACUGUGCACGAAUCCGCUUACUCCUUCCAGCUAAAGUUAUGAUGUUCAUUUAACUGGCCCUAAAAAAAGAACCACACAGUGAGGUCCUAUCACCCAUUAGAUGAGUUUUUACCAACAUUGGUUAGAAGUAUAUUCAAACGUUGGUUUAUGCUCAUAAUGGUAUGAAUAUUUUUUCCAUCUAUAAAAUAUUGUAAAUAUUUCAUAAAUAUUCUCAAUUUUCAUGAGAAUCAUACCAAAAAAGUUUAAAAGAAAGAUUUAAAAAAUGACUGAAAGAAAGAGCAAAUGUUGAUAAAAUUCGAUUUGUGCAUUAUUGAUUGCAGUGGAUUUAGAUCGGAACAAGUUGUGUAUCCCUGCCUACAGGAGAGUUGAUAUUUUUGCAACUAACAAAUGUACCUUUAAAAUUUUAACUUUCAGCUGUUUUUUGUUUUUUUAAUUCUAAAAAAGCUGGCUGUGAUUGUUUAUGAUUAAGUACUAAUAUAUUUAUUUCAAGGUAAAAGUUUAGAUUUCUUUGUGCCCAAUUAUGUUUCAAUUAUGUUGUUUUUUCUUGUUUUUUGCCGGCAACAACAUCAAUAAAACCUUUAAGUCAGGUCUCUCGAAUGCCACCUCUAGUCAAUCCUCCGUAGCCUACAAUUUAAGGAUGUGGUUAUAGAAUUGUUUUGGGUUGAAUUUUCAAUCUAAUGCUCAGUACAUAUAAUUUUUCAUCAUGUUCAAGUCUGUUGUUCGCUCUGAAACACCAGGCAUAAGAGCUUUGCCAGCAACUAGGGCGGCAGGUCCUCUUAUUCUAUUUCUAAUUCUAUAUCUGCCAAAAAGAUUUUUUUUUAUAUAGUAUUAAUUUGAUUACAUUUUGUAAUAAGGAACCACUAUCUCUGGCUCGCCCAUAAAAGCACAUAUCUGCAUAGGGAAACUAAUGGCAUGCAUGUUGUUUCUGAAAUGGGCCAGAAAUAUUGGUUCCUUAUUGCAAAAUGUGAUUUAAUUAUUAUCAUUAUCAUUAAAAGUUCACAGCAAUCUAAAAAAUUUCCAUCGAAUUUCAACAUCAAUAUUCAAUUAUUGACCGAACUGGUAUAGGUAUUCAUAGGUCACUUGGUACCUGCAUUAAUGAUAAGCUAUUUUAAUAAAAUCUGUCCCAUCAUCUUUAGGUAUAAAUUUUAUUGGUGGAUUUUUUAAAUUUAAGAAUAUGUGAUCUGAGUGUUUGUUUCCAUGAAAAUUAAUAAAAUGAUAUAUUUUUAUUUUAAA